UCGUCUCGUCUGAAACCCGAACAGGAACACACAUCCAACAUCCCUCCCUACCCGGUACCCGGCCUUCUUCUCUUCUCCCCACCGCCCGCCGCCCAUCCGUCCCGCCCCCAAAUCCACCUACUCCUCACCGCAUCUCCACCACCACGCGGCACCGCCGCAGCGACGCACAGGGUUGGUGAGCGGCACAGAGAUCGGCGGCGAACAACACGUAGCGGCGCCACGGACGACAGCAUUCAAUUGCCAGGAAGUUCCUCCAUCUCGUCCCCUGCGUGCCUGCGUCUGCCGCCGCUGCAUUCUGCCGGAAUCCGCCAAAUCUCUCCGACUACCGCCUCCGAGCGCGGCCAAAACCCUCGUUUCUACCCACCCCGCCCGAUGCCGUAAUCCGCCGCCCGCCCACUGCCCCAGACCUCGGGACGCCGCACAUCACUGCACCUGCCCUGCCCUGGCAAGCCCCCAAUGCCUUUUAAACCCCUCCUGACGCCUCCGAUCCCAUCCUCCUCCCAAUGCCGCGCCUCCACCGCCACCCGCUGCCCCUCGCCGAGGCCGCCGCCGCCGCCGCGCACGCGGCCCUACUCGCCCUCGCGCUCCUCCUGCUGCUCCUCCGCGGGGCGCGCGCCCUCGCCGCCCGCUGCGCCUCCUGCCUCAAGCCGCCCCGCCGACGCGACGGGGCCCUCCACGACGCCGCCUCCGCGGCCUCGGCCUCCACCACGGGCACAUGGUACCGGGCCGCGCUCGCCUGCUGCGGCUACGCCCUGCUAGUGCAGCUCGCCGCGCUCGCCUACGAGGUCGCAUCGACAUGGCCCCACGUCACCCCCGACGCGCUGCUGCUGCCCGGCGUGCAGGCGCUGGCCUGGGCCUCCCUGCUGGCGCUCGCCCUACAGGCGCGCGCCGGCGGGUGGGGCAGGUUCCCGGCGCUCGUCCGUGUCUGGUGGGUCGUCGCCUUCGCGCUCUCCGUCGCCAUCGCCUACGACGACUCCAGGCGCCUCAUCGACUCCGACUCUUCCACCGACUACGCGCACAUGGUCGCCAACUUCGCAUCUCUACCAGCUCUCGGCUUCCUCUGCUUGGUUGGUCUGAUAGGGUCCAGCGGCGUAGAGCUGGAGUUCAGCGAUGACGACAGCAGCGUCCACGAGCCGCUGCUGCUCGGCGGCGCGCAGCGCAGAGACGCCGAGGAGGAGCCCGGGUGCCUGCGGGUGACCCCCUACGGCGAUGCUGGGAUCCUCAGCCUCGCCUCACUGUCAUGGCUCAGCCCCUUGCUCUCAGUCGGGGCGAAGAGGCCGCUCGAGCUGGCAGACAUACCCUUGCUGGCUCACAAGGACCGCUCCAAGUUUUGCUACAAGGCCAUGAGCAGUCACUACGAGCGGCAGCGGGCCGAGUGCCCCGGCAAGGACCCCUCGCUCGCAUGGGCGAUACUCAAGUCCUUCUGGCGCGAGGCCGCCAUCAACGGCGCUUUCGCCGCCGCAAACACCGUCGUGUCCUACGUCGGCCCCUACCUCAUCAGCUACUUUGUGGACUACCUCAGUGGCAAGAUCGCCUUCCCACACGAAGGUUACAUCCUCGCCUCCGUGUUUUUCGUGUCAAAGCUGAUCGAGACGCUCACCGCUCGCCAGUGGUACUUGGGCGUGGACGUCAUGGGCAUCCACGUCAAGUCCGGGCUCACCGCCAUGGUCUACAGGAAGGGUCUCAGGCUGUCCAACGCCUCCAAGCAGAGCCAUACCAGCGGUGAGAUUGUGAAUUACAUGGCGGUUGAUGUGCAGCGGGUCGGGGACUAUGCAUGGUACUUUCAUGACAUAUGGAUGCUUCCACUGCAGAUCAUCCUCGCCCUCGCCAUCUUGUACAAGAAUGUCGGGAUCGCCACCCUCUCGACAUUGGUAGCCACCACGCUGUCAAUUGCCGCAUCGGUUCCUGUGGCCAAGCUGCAGGAGCACUACCAAGAUAAGCUAAUGGCAGCAAAGGAUGAGCGCAUGCGCAAGACUUCAGAGUGCCUCAAGAGCAUGAGAAUUCUUAAGUUGCAGGCGUGGGAGGACCGCUACAGGCUCAUGCUUGAAGAGAUGAGGAACGUGGAAUGCAGGUGGCUCAAGUGGGCCUUGUACUCACAGGCCGCAGUCACGUUCGUUUUCUGGAGUUCGCCAAUCUUUGUCGCGGUCAUAACUUUCGGUACUUGUAUAUUGCUUGGUGGUGAGCUCACCGCUGGAGGUGUUCUUUCUGCUUUAGCAACAUUUAGGAUCCUUCAAGAGCCACUGAGGAAUUUCCCAGAUCUCAUAUCCAUGAUUGCUCAGACGAGGGUGUCUUUGGACCGGUUGUCCCACUUUCUGCAGCAAGAAGAAUUGCCAGAUGAUGCAACAAUAAGUGUUCCACAGGGUAGUACAGAUAAGGCAAUCGAUAUUAAGGAUGCUAGCUUCUCCUGGAAUCCAUCUGGUUCAACCCCUACACUCUCUGAUGUACACCUUAGUGUGGUGAGAGGCAUGAGAGUAGCAGUAUGUGGUGUGAUUGGUUCUGGCAAAUCAAGUCUAUUGUCCUGUAUACUUGGGGAGAUACCGAAACUGUGUGGUCAAGUCAGGAUCAGUGGUACAGCAGCAUAUGUUCCUCAGACUGCCUGGAUACAGUCUGGAAACAUUGAGGAGAACGUUCUUUUCGGCACUCCAAUGGACAGACCACGUUACAAGAGAGUUCUUGAGGCUUGCUCUCUGAAGAAAGAUCUCCAGUUGCUCCAGUAUGGAGAUCAGACAGUUAUUGGUGACCGAGGAAUUAAUUUGAGUGGAGGCCAGAAACAAAGAGUGCAGCUUGCGAGAGCAUUGUACCAAGAUGCUGAUAUUUAUUUGCUUGAUGAUCCAUUCAGCGCUGUUGAUGCUCAUACCGGAAGUGAUCUAUUUAAGGACUAUAUAUUGACCGCGCUAGCUAGCAAAACAGUAAUUUAUGUAACACAUCAGGUUGAGUUCCUACCAGCUGCUGACCUGAUAUUGGUUCUUAAGGAUGGUCGUAUCACCCAAGCUGGAAAAUAUGAUGAUCUUCUCCAAGCUGGAACUGAUUUCAAUGCUCUGGUUUCUGCUCAUAACGAAGCUAUUGAGACCAUGGAUCUUUUUGACGAUUCUGAUGGAGAUGUUACUCCUUCUGUUCCUAACAAAAGAUUGAUACCAAGUGUUAGCAAUAUCGAUAACCUGAAAAAUAAAGUAUCUGAAAAUGGGAAGUCAUCUAAUACGCGUGGAAUAAAGGACAAGAAGAAGAGUGAGGAGCGUAAGAAGAAGCGUACAGUUCAAGAGGAGGAGAGGGAGCGAGGAAGAGUUAGCUUAAACGUUUAUAUGUCAUACAUGGGGGAAGCCUACAAAGGUACACUGAUACCACUCAUUGUCUUGGCUCAGACCAUGUUCCAAGUUCUUCAGAUUGCCAGUAACUGGUGGAUGGCAUGGGCGAAUCCACAAACAGAAGGAGAUGCACCUAAGACAGAUAAUGUGGUCCUACUCGUUGUUUAUAUGUGCCUUGCUUUUGGGAGUUCAUUGUUUGUGUUUGUGAGAAGCCUUCUUGUAGCUACAUUUGGUUUAGCAGCUGCUCAAAAGCUAUUUAUAAAAAUGUUAAGGUGUGUGUUUCGAGCGCCAAUGUCAUUCUUCGAUACGACACCAGCUGGACGUAUUCUGAAUCGAGUUUCUGUAGAUCAAAGUGUUGUGGACCUUGAUAUAGCAUUCAGGCUAGGGGGCUUUGCAUCAACAACAAUUCAACUCCUUGGAAUCGUUGCUGUCAUGAGCAAAGUCACAUGGCAAGUUUUGUUUCUUAUAGUUCCCAUGGCUAUGGGAUGCAUGUGGAUGCAGAGAUACUAUAUUGCUUCAUCGAGGGAACUGACUAGGAUCUUGAGCGUUCAAAAGUCUCCAGUGAUCCAUUUGUUUAGCGAGUCAAUUGCUGGUGCUGCUACAAUCAGAGGGUUUGGUCAAGAAAAAAGAUUCAUGAAAAGAAAUCUGUACCUCCUUGAUUGUUUUUCUCGGCCUUUAUUUUCCAGCCUUGCAGCUAUUGAAUGGCUCUGCCUGCGAAUGGAAUUGCUCUCAACUUUUGUGUUUGCUUUCUGCAUGGCAAUACUCGUGAGCUUUCCUCCUGGAACGAUUGAACCAAGUAUGGCUGGGCUUGCUGUCACAUAUGGACUCAACUUAAAUGCUCGGAUGUCAAGGUGGAUAUUGAGUUUCUGUAAAUUAGAGAACAGAAUCAUCUCUGUUGAGCGUAUUUAUCAGUAUUGCAAGAUUCCGAGUGAAGCCCCGUUGAUUAUUGAGAAUUGCCGCCCCUCGCCCUCAUGGCCUGAGAAUGGAAAUAUUGAGUUGAUUGAUCUGAAGGUCCGGUACAAGGAUGACCUUCCCUUUGUUCUACAUGGAGUCAGUUGCAUCUUCCCCGGAGGGAAAAAGAUUGGGAUUGUUGGGCGAACCGGAAGCGGUAAAUCUACUCUUAUUCAGGCUCUUUUCCGCCUGAUUGAUCCUUCAGGAGGAAAAAUUAUCAUCGACGACGUCGACGUUUCUGCAAUUGGGCUUCAUGAUCUGCGGUCGCGGUUGAGCAUCAUCCCUCAGGACCCUACAUUGUUCGAGGGUACUAUCAGGAUGAAUCUUGACCCUCUUGAAGAACGCCCUGAUCAUGAAAUUUGGGAGGCACUAGAAAAGUGCCAGCUAGGAGAGGUCAUUCGUUCGAAGGAAGAGAAGCUGGACAGUCCAGUACUGGAGAAUGGGGAUAACUGGAGUGUGGGGCAGCGCCAGCUUAUUGCACUGGGUAGGGCGUUGCUCAAGCGGGCGAAAAUUUUGGUGCUUGAUGAGGCAACUGCAUCGGUUGACACAGCUACAGACAAUCUAAUUCAAAAGAUUAUUCGCAGCGAAUUCAAGGACUGCACUGUCUGUACAAUUGCACACAGGAUCCCGACUGUCAUCGACAGUGACCUAGUCCUGGUGCUCAGCGAUGGUAAAAUUACAGAGUUCGACACACCCCAGAGGCUUUUGGAGGACAAGUCCUCCAUGUUCAUGCAGCUAGUAUCCGAGUACUCAACGAGGUCAAGCUGUAUAUAGAGAGAGGCUUAGCUUUAAUCCCCACCAAGAACAGAGGCUGGGAGGUGGUAAAGUAGCAGAAUCUCCCAGCCUACUUACACCAUAGAAGCAAGUAGCAGCACCAUAGGGGCGGCAUGCGACAGGAGGAGAGGACAUAUAUAUGAAGGGAAAGAACGCUGGGCGUUCCCUGACCUGAAUAACAACUAUACGAGGGAACACAGCCGGCAAAACCAUGGGAGGAGUUGGUGGAAUUAACCCAAGCUGUGAUGCUUGUGUAUGUAUAACACUUAACUGCUUCUCCCUUUGCAUAAUGGGAAAAAAAGGAAGUGAAUAACAUGAUUAAUAAAAGGGGAAAGUUUUGUUCUCUUCUUCA